GGAUUGACACAGGUAUAGGGGAGGUGUUUAUGUACAACCGUCAAGGCGGGUCUGCGUUACCGACUUUCAUACAUUUGUAUCUGUGGCGGAGUGUGGAGCGCAGAGUAGUUCAAAAUGGCUGAUCAACUGACAGAGGAACAGAUCGCUGAAUUCAAAGAGGCUUUCUCGUUAUUCGACAAAGAUGGCGAUGGCACAAUCACCACCAAAGAACUGGGCACAGUCAUGCGCUCGCUGGGCCAGAACCCAACAGAAGCAGAGCUGCAGGACAUGAUCAAUGAGGUGGAUGCUGAUGGUAAUGGAACAAUAGACUUCCCUGAAUUUCUGACCAUGAUGGCAAGGAAGAUGAAGGACACUGAUAGUGAAGAGGAGAUCAGAGAAGCCUUCCGUGUAUUUGACAAGGACGGUAACGGCUACAUCAGCGCUGCAGAGCUGCGUCACGUCAUGACCAACCUGGGAGAGAAGCUGACAGACGAGGAAGUCGAUGAGAUGAUUAGAGAAGCUGACAUUGACGGAGACGGCCAAGUCAACUAUGAAGAGUUUGUACAGAUGAUGACAGCGAAAUGAAGGCCUUGUACAGAACUUCUUGUAAAAAAAUUACUUGCCUUUUCUUUGUUUGUAAUAUCUGUAAAAUGUUUUAAUUUGAUGUCUCAGCCCCAGCCCAUAACCCAACUGUCCAAAGGCUCUGCAUGUUUACUUACUGCUCUAGGGUCUGAGUCCUCCUGUCUCCUCCUGUCGUCCCAUCAGUGCUCAGACACCGAAACGGCUCUUCGCUGCACCUGGGCCUGCUGGUGCCCCAACUUUUUGGGGGUGCCUCUGUUCACUCCUGCUUGCCCCUCCCAGGUUUGGGAUGGUGGUAGGCGGAGUUUACGUCUGAUGGAGAGUUGGGUGUCUUGACUGUUGGCAUGUUUUUUUUUUUUUUUUUUUUUUUUUUUAAUUUUUCCUCUUUUUUUGUCCUUUUUUCUCUCCCCUUUCUGGAGGAACCUCUGCAUGGGCAAUGGACUACGCAUAUUAAUGGAAACAAGUCCUCAGCAUUGCAGUGCUGCAAUCAUACAUGAGUUAAAUACUACUGGGUUUAACCUUUAUGGCCAAGUACUCGUACACUAAACUCUUUGUAUUUGUUGGUCUCUCCAGGUUCUUAUGAUGCUUUUUAAUUAGUCACCUUUCUUUUCUUUUUUUAUCAGCUUAUGGCACAGCCAUGCCUCAAAGAAUCCAUUCCAAGUUGUAUAUUUGUUUUCCAAUAAAAUUAACAAUUAACCCAA